AUGCCGACGAGCAACGAAAGUGCGGGUCCGUCGAUGGUGGCUACGUCCACAGCCGCGCUCGAACGAAUCAGUUUCUGUGUGCCGGAUUUUACCGCGGACGAUCCAGAAUUAUGGUUCUGCGUUGUGGAACGCAAUUUCGCGGCAGGAGGCGUGACGUCGGACGGCAUUAAGACCAGCUACGUGACAGGUGCGCUAGGUCCGCGAUAUAUCGCCGAAGUUCGCGAUAUACUCCUGAAUCCACCGCCUACCGGCCUAUACGAUACGUUAAAGAAGGAGCUGAUCCGCCGGCUAAGCGUAUCCCAGGAGCAGAAGGCGAGACGGCUCCUGGAGCACGAGGAAAUCGGUGACCGCAAGCCGUCACAAUUUCUACGACACCUGCGUGGCCUCGCGGGCACAUCUGUGUCCGAAUUGCUGCUGCGGACUCUUUGGCUGGGCCGUUUACCGGCAAACGUGCAGGCUAUUCUGGCGACGCAGAAAGACACGGCGCUGGACAAGGUCGCGGAAUUGGCCGACGCGGUCACAGACACCAUGUCUGGACGUCCCGUCGUAGCCGAAACCACGUUUGCAAGCACGCCAGCACAACCAGCCACGGUGGACGCCGUAACGGAGCGAAUGAUGCAACUACUAUCACGUUGCAAAGCCAGACCGAGGUAA